GCUGCCGGCCCGUUACCGCGGGCGCCGGGGGCCGGGGCGGCGCUGUGGUUUCGGUGCCGGCCGCGGGCGGGCGGCCUAAUGAGCUCUCGGCACGCACCCCGCGCCGGCGGCCCUGCCCCGCGGGGACCCUCGGCUCCCCGCCCCGGCGUCACCCCCGAAACUUCUCGCUUUCAUCCCGGGAUCCAGGCGCGGGGUCUCCGCUGGCGUCUGCGCGUGGCAGAGGGCAGCUGGGAUUUGCGAGGCGGCCCCGGGGUGGCCGUGCCCCUUUGGGGUGCAAGCAGGUGCCCGAGCGCCCUCUGGCGGCCGCGAGCCUGAUCCUCCCUAGCUUCUUUGCAGGGACCUGCGUGCCGGACCAUGGGACCCCUGAGCCGGGAAACCUGGGCGCAGCGCCUGGGCGCCUUCCGGGCCAGCCCGUCCGCCUUCAUGGCAGGUCCCGAGGGUGAGGACCUGGGUCGUGACCUGCUGAGCGAACUGAGAAGUGAGAAGCUGAGCGAACAGACCAAGGUUUCUUUGCUGGCCCUGAGCCUGGAGUAUCCAGCCCAGCUGUGGCCGGACGCCACUGCAGCCGAGGCAGCCGCCACCUCCCUGUUGGACACCCUGGUCCUUCUACCCCCACGGCCCUCGGCCCUGCGGCGGCCCCUGCUGCUGGCGGCCACCACAGCCCUGGUGGCAGGAGAUGCGCUGGGCCCCACUUCGGAAGCCUCCCGCCGGCUCCUGCCCCUUCUUCUCGGCUUGGCCUCCGGCCGCGAUCUGGGGCGAGGCUUUGGCCCCGCCUCGGAGCAGCGCCCCCUGCAGGCCACGGCGUGUGAGUGCCUGCGGGAGCUGGAGAGCUGCAAGCCUGGGCUGCUGGGGGGCUGCCUGGGGCUGCUGCGGGGUCUGCUGGGGCAGGAAGGCCCGGUUCAGCCGCUCAGCCUGCUGCUGGCGCUCGCUCUGCGCAACACCUUGGUGAUACGGGCCAGGGCCAGGGCCAGGGCCGGCCUGCAGGGCCUGCUCAUGGCUGGGGAUACUCCCUCUGGGGGUGAUCCCUGGAACUGGGCGCUAGCCGAGGAGGGGGAUGCCCGCCUUCAACCGCAGGCACCCAGCUGGCCAGCAGCGGAGGAGGAGUGUGGCCUUGCAGUGCUGGAACCCACUCCUGAGGAGGCCCGGGAGCUGCGGGCUGCUGUGGCCCAGCUUCUGGACACUUCCUACCUGCUCACUCCUGUGGCUCAGGCCCAGCUUCUGUGGCUGCUGGGCUGGGCCUUGCGGGGUCUCCGGGGACAGACGCCAGUGCUCUUCAAGCCGCAGUUGGUGCGGCUGCUGGGCACAGCGCAGCUCACGCUGCUGCACGCUGUUCUGGCGCUUAAGGCAGCCUUUGGAGAAGCCCUGUUCACGGCCCAGGAUGAGGCCUUGCUGCUCCGCCGGCUCACCGUGGCUGCCCAGCACCCGGCGCUGCCCCUGCCUGCCCACCUCUUCCACCUGCACUGCCUUCUGAGCUUCCCCGAGAACUGGCCCCUGGGCCCCACAGGUGAGGAGGCCGCGCCGCUGCUGCUGGGCCCCCGGCUAUGCCGCGGCCUCCUGCCCAGUCUCCUGCACGACCCGAUGGCCCUCCUGGCCCGCCUGCAUCUGCUGUGCCUGCUCUGCGUGGAAGAUGAAGAAAAGGAAGAGGAAAGCCAGGAUUGGAGCCCCCGGCAUUACCUGGAGGAGCUGCUGGCUGGCUUGCGGCAGAGGGCAGCCCUGGCCGGGGGCCCCCGGGCCUCGGCCACCCUCUGCUUCCAGGCCUCCUACCUGGUUGUUCAGUGCCUAGCCACGCAGCCUACGGUGCUGACACCCUUGACCCACGGACUGGCCCGGCUGUACCGAGCCCGGCCGGUGCUGGCUCCGCAUUUUGUGGACCUCUUGGAUCGCGUGGGCCCGGAGCUGGGGGAGCCCCUGAGAGUGGCGUUGCGGCAGGAGGUGGUGUCCAGGCCGGGCAGAGAUGAGGCCCUUCGUUGGCACCUGCAGAUCCUGGCCAAAGUGGCAGACGGGAAUGCUCAGAGUGCCACCCUCGGCUUCCUGGGAGCCGCAGCGGCGCACUGCACGGACUGGGGCCUCCAGCAGGCCCUGCUCCGGGUCUGCCGGGCCUUGCUGCGGGCGGGUGUUGGGGGUGGCCUGGCCGACUUGCUGCAGGCGCUGGCCAGGCAGUGGGAGGACCCUGACGGGCGGGACCAUGCCCGCCUCUACUACAUCCUCCUGGCCCACCUUGCGGGGUCCAAGCUGGGGGUGGCCCUGGGCCCCUCGCCUGCUGCACCCGCGUUGGCCUCCUCCCUGGUGGCCGAGAACCAGGGCUUUGCUGCGGUGCUGGUGGUGCAGGAGGCCCCAGCCCCGAUCCGGCUGAGCGUGGGGCCCCACAGAGCGGCGGGCCCGGGCCCGGUGCUGCAGCUCCACGUGGAGGUGCUGGAGCCGGCGUACUCGCUGGAGCUGCGCUUCCGCGUGGAAGGACAAGUGUACGCGCCCUUGGGGGCCGUCCACGUGCCCUGCCUGUGCCCCGGCCGCCCUUGCCGUCCUCUGCUCCUGCCUCUGCAGCCCCGACGCCCGGCCCCCACGAGGCUGGACGUGCGUGCCCUCUACACCACGCCCACCGGCCUCACGUGCCAUGCCCACCUGCCACCGCUGCCCGUGAACUUCGCUGACCUUUUUCUGCCUUUCCCCCAGGCCCCCGAGGGGGACAAGCUGGGCUUCUUCGAGGAGCUCUGGGACUCCUGCCUGCCAAAGGGUGCCGAGAGUCGCCUCUGGUGCCCUCUUGGGCCACAGGGGCUGGAGGCCUUGGUGUCCCGCCAUCUGGAGCCCUUCGUGGUGGUGGCCCAGCCCCCCACCAGCUACCACGUAGCCAUCCGUCUGCCCCCGGACUCGAGGCUGCUGCUGCGACUGGAGGCGGCCCAGGAGGACGGGGUGCCCGUGGCCCUGCGGACCGAUGACUGGGCUGUGCUGCCCCUGGCUGGGGACUACCUCCGUGGGCUGUCAGCUGCUGUCUGAGCCUGGAGGCCAGGCCGGGUGGGAGCAGGACGAGGGAGGUGGCCCUUACAAGGUCUUGUCCAAGAAGGGCACUGAGGGCCAGGACCCAGUCCUGUGGGUCCUUUCUUUAAAAUAACCUACAUUUCACCAGUGACUUUA